AUGGAGGAAAUAUCGAGGAAGAGAAAAUUGGCUAACAUGAUAAUAAUCGAAGAAAGUAUGAACGAUAACCGGGAAGAAUACUUAAUAUUGACGAAAUUUGCAACGUACAAGUGGAAACAAAAUUAUGUUAGAUUGACCCGUGAACGGUUUUACUUCGUUUUAAGCCUCGUGGAAGAAGACUUGACAACCCCCUCCUACAACAGAAUCAAAGAACCAAUAACAGCAGUCGAAAAAUUGGCUUUAACGCUGAGGUUACUGGCCACAGGGGAAUCAUACAGAUCACUGUCAUUUGGUUACCGGAUUCCAUAUUCUGCAAUAAGCACAAUCGUGCCUAAGGUGUUAGCUGCUUUACAGAAAAAGCUUGUGCCACUUUUUUUACCUCCUCCAGAACUGAUACACUGGGAACAGAAAGCCGACAAGUUUUGGAAACAUUGGUGUUUCCCCAACUGUAUAGCUUCCAUUGAUGGUAAAGAUAUGGGAAUUGUAUCACCGGCCAAAUCGAGAAGUCUAUACUUCAACUACAAAGGAUAUUUUUCUGUAGUACUUCUUGCAAUGAUUGAUGCAAACUGCAAGUUUGUCUUUAUUCAUGUUGGUUCAUAUGGAAAAUAUGGUGAUGCAGGGAUUUUCAAGAAGUCAAAAAUGGGAGAGUUUGUUGAAAAUGGAACUAUGUUUCCACCUCCAAAAUACCUACCAAACUCUGACACCCUGCUACCUCACGUAGUAGUUGGUGAUGAUGCUUUCAAUUUGAGUGAGCAUAUGGUGAAGCCUUAUCCUAGAGUACCAUUAUUGCAAGAUGAAAGAAAAGGAACGUUUAACUUAUGGAAGCAAAGCCAGGAGAACGUCUGA